AUGGUCUCUCUCGCGCUCGAGGUGCUCGUUGCGGCGGCCAUAUUCAUCGCCGGCCAGAUCCUCUACGGCUUCAUCAGGAACGUCGUCCGAGGAUACGCGUCCCCCAUCAAUUCGCUUCCUGGUCCUAAGCGCGCAUCCCUAUUACGCGGCAACUUCCCUGACAGGGCCGAGCCGAAUGCUCAGCGUGAAGUUCAAGGCUGGUUCGAGAAGUACGGACGCGCAAUUCGCACCUACUCGUUCUUCGGGGCGCAGAAGGUCAGCAUCCUCGACACGCGGGCAAUUCAGCAUGUUCUCGGGCACGGGUAUCUUUACCAGAAGUCUGACCAACUGAGGAAUCAUCUUGGAUCGCUUGUCGGCCAGGGACUAUUGUUUGUUGAGGGUGAGGAUCACAAGAGACAGCGUAAGGUUGUCAACCCGGCUUUCGGCCCUGCGCAAGUCCGUCGGUUCACGGAGACUUUCAUCUCAAAGUCGAUCGAGCUCCGCGAUGUCCUGAACAAUCUCUCGAGUCAAAGUACGCGCAAGGAUGGCCGCAUCCGCAUUGACGCGUUUGCCUGGCUCAACAAGGUCACUCUGGACAUCAUCGGUUUGACUGGUUUCGCAUACGACUUCGACGCGCUGCACUCGGAUGAGGCGCAUCCCAACGAGCUGUAUGAGGCGAUUAGCCGGGCCUUGGCUGUGCCCCGUAGCUUCCUGGCUUUCCUCGCUCUCAUCACGCCCGUUCUGCGUCUACUCCCCGCCCCUGGCACGAAGGCUCGUCAAGCGAAUCUGGCUGUCAUCAACAAGGUCGGCACGCGCAUGAUUCAGGAGAAGAAGGCCGCGAUCUUCGCUGCCAGUGCGGACGGGAACAUCGAGAAGGAGGACCUCGUUGGGAACGACCUGUUGACACUGCUUAUCCGUGCCAACCUCGCCUCGAACAUGCCCGAGAGCAUGCGGAUGUCGGAUGAAGAGAUUCUCGCACAGGUGCCAACUUUCUUGAUCGCCGGCCACGAAACGACGAGCACACUCCUUACAUGGACGCUCUUCGCGCUCACCACGUCUAUCGAGACGCAAUCCCGCCUCCGCGCCGAAGUCCGCGCCUUCCACUCCGACGAGCCCACUCUCGAAGACCUGAACAGCCUUCCCUACCUCGACGCCGUCAUCCGCGAGACCCUCCGCCUCUACGCCCCAGUCUCAUCUACCCACCGCGAAGUCACAGCAGACGACAUCAUCCCGCUCGCCGAACCGGUCCUGGACAAGUACGGGCGCGUGCUUACGGAGAUCAAGGUCAAGAAGGGCGACAUGGUCGCGAUACCGAUCAGGAUUAUGAAUAGGGCGACGUACAUCUGGGGUGAUGACGCGGAGGAGUUCAGGCCGGAGAGGUUCCUUGAGACGUUGCCGGAGAAGGUUGGGCAUAUGCCCGGGAUAUACCCCCAGCUGCUCACUUUCCUUGCGGGACCGCAUGCUUGCAUUGGAUUCCGGUUCGCCAUCGCAGAGGCGAAAGCUAUCCUCUUCACUCUGGCGCGUAACUUCGAGUUCGAGCUCGGUGUCGCGCCGGAUGAGAUCACGCGCAAGACACAUAUUGUUGGACGGCCGUACAUCGAUGGCAAGGAGGGCGCACGGGCACAAUUGCCCAUCGUCAUCAAGCCAAUCAGGGAUUGA